AUGAAGCCAGUGCGCGUUGUUACUGUUUGCUGGGUGCUACUGCUGGCGUCCAGGCUGGGGGCCACCAGGAAGGAAUCCCCAGAAGAGGCCUCCUUCUACUAUGGAAACUUCCCACUUGGCUUCUCCUGGGGUGUGGGCAGCUCCGCCUUCCAGACUGAGGGCGCCUGGGACCAGCAUGGGAAAGGGCCCAGCAUCUGGGACACCUUCACGCACAGCGGGAAGGGGAACGUCCUUGGGGACGAGACAGCAGACGUGGCCUGCAACAGCUACUACAAGGUCCAAGAGGACGUCGCUCUGCUGAGAGCGCUGCAUGUCAGCCACUACCGGUUCUCCCUCUCCUGGCCCCGGCUCCUGCCCACGGGUGUCCGAGCUGAUGGGGUGAACAGGAAGGGAAUCCAAUUCUACAGUGACUUCAUCGAUGCCCUUCUGAAGAGCAACAUAACCCCCAUCGUGACCUUGCACCACUGGGAUCUCCCACAGCUGCUCCAGGCCAAGUGCGGCGGGUGGCAGAACGUGAGCAUGGCCAACUACUUCAGUGAUUAUGCCAACCUGUGCUUUGAGGCUUUUGGGGACCGUGUGAAACACUGGGUUACUUUCAGUGAUCCUCGGACAAUGGCAGAAAAGGGCUACGAGACAGGCCACCACGCACCUGGCCUGAAGCUCCAGGGCACGGGCCUGUACAAGGCGGCGCAUCAUGUCAUUAAGGCCCACGCCCAAGUCUGGCACGCCUACAACGACACAUGGCGCAGUCAGCAGCAAGGUCUGGUGGGGAUUUCAUUAAACUGCGACUGGGGGGAGCCUGUGGACCUUAGUAACCCCAAGGACAUAGAGGCUGCCGAGAGAUACCUACAGUUCUGCCUGGGCUGGUUUGCCAACCCCAUUUACGCCGGUGACUACCCCCAAGUCAUGAAGGACCAUAUCGGAAGAAAGAGUGCAGAGCAAGGCCUGGAAAUGUCGAGGUUGCCAGUGUUCUCACUCCAGGAGAAAAGCUACAUUAAAGGCACAUCUGACUUCUUGGGCUUAGGUCAUUUUACGACUCGGUACAUCACGGAACGGAACUAUCCCUCUGGCCAGGGUCCCAGCUACCUGAAUGAUCGUGACUUAGUAGAACUGGUUGACCCAAACUGGCCUGAUCUGGGAUCUAAAUGGCUAUAUUCUGUGCCAUGGGGAUUUCGGAGGCUUCUCAACUUUGCUCAGACUCAAUACGGCAAUCCACUCAUAUAUGUGACAGAAAAUGGAGCGUCUCAAAAAUUACACUGUACCCAACUGUGUGAUGAGUGGAGAAUUCAAUAUCUUAAAGGAUACACAAAUGAAAUGCUAAAAGCUAUCAAAGAUGGUGCUAAUGUAAAAGGGUAUACCUCCUGGUCUCUGUUGGAUAAGUUUGAAUGGGAGAGAGGAUACUCAGAUAGAUAUGGAUUCUACUAUAUUGAUUUCAACAAGAAAAAUAGGCCGCGCUAUCCAAAGGCUUCAGUUGAAUAUUACAAGAGGAUUAUCACCGCCAAUGGGUUUCCCAAUCCGAGAGAGGUGGAAAGUUGGUACUUCAAAGCCUUGGAAAUUUGCUCUAUCAACAACCAGAUGCUUGCUGCAGAGCCUUUGCUAAGUUACAUGCAGAUCGUGACAGAGAUCGUGGUACCGACAGUCUGCACCCUCUGUAUACUAAUCGCUGCAGUUCUCCUGAUGCUUCUCCUGCGGAGUCUGAGCUGA